UGAGGGUGUGCGAGAUUCCCACUGUCGCUUCGUUUUGUGGUGCCCCUGCACACGAUUGUUCACCAUGACAGAUAGGCACAUCCGAACUGGAUGAGGUGAAAAGGUGGUAUGGAUCUAUUGACAAUAAUGAGGCAAAUGUAAACACACCAAGGGUCAUGAAUUACCCGGCUGCUCGAAGGCUAGCUGUCUCUGUAAUUUUCCUUUCUUGUGUGGCAACGCUGUCAAAUGCAGGUAUGUACGAGAAACGCUUAUUGGCUCAUUUGUUCAACCAAUCACGCUGGGACGCCCAUAAUCCAUUGGAAAGACCCACUGCGCAUGAAGGCAAACCACUUCAGGUGUUCCUCAAGUGCUUUCUCAACCAGAUAAUGGACAUGGAUGAAAAGAAUCAAAUCUUAUCGACGAUUAUGUGGCUGGACAUGAAAUGGACGGAUUACCACUUCAAGUGGGACGCUAGUCAGUUCGCUAACAUACGGCAGAUAAACUUGCCCCCGAAUCGAAUGUGGAAACCGGAUCUUCUACUUUACAACAGUGCAAGCGAGAAAUUCGACCAAGUCUUUCCGACCAACCUCGUCGUCCUCAAUACCGGAGAAAUCAGCUGGAUUCCUCCGGGUCUUUUUCACUCCAUUUGCACAGUCAAAGUGAACUGGUUCCCCUUCGAUUCGCAGAGCUGCGCUUUAAAAUUUGGAACCUGGACUUAUCAAGGUAACACGGUGGACUUAAAGCUUCAAUGUGACAACGACACCGGUGAACUGCAGGAAUGUAACUUCCACAACGACGUGGAUCUUUCUGCUUAUCUAGCACACAGUGAAUGGGCUUUGGAGAGUGCCACCAUCAAACGAAACGUCGACAGUUACGGCACAACAAAUCAAAAGUAUAUCGACGUGACAAUUUAUGUGCACAUACAACGCAGAGCUUUGUACUACAUGUUCAAUAUUAUCGUUCCGUGUAUGAUCAUGUCUGUGAUGUCUUUGCUGGUGUUUACUCUGCCACCGGACGCCAACGAGAAGAUUGUUCUGGGCGUGACCACCUUACUUUCGUUGACCAUGCUAUUACAGCUUGUUGGAGACAAGUUACCACAGACGUCAGCAGGCAAUCCUGUUUUGGUGCUCUACUUUACAUGCACCAUCAUCCUGUGCUCGCUGUCAUUGGUGUUCGCUGUGGUGCUGCUCAAUUCGCACCAUCACACCGGAGGGAUACUUCACGUCCCAUGGCUGCUUGCCCGCGGGCGUCACGGUAACACGUUAACAGCAUUACACGUCAUCUCUCGGAUUGAUCCCUUGCUUCGCUGCCUCGCCAUAGCAUGUGUAGGUUACUCCCACUUUUUUACUGAUUUACUUGAUGUUUUAUGCUGA